CAGUCAAUUAUUGUCAAAUAUUGAACAGACUGGACGUGUCACGUUAGUGCCGCACAUGGAGGACGAUAUUAUUGUAUAAAUAAUAAAAAUAAGUUAACGUUUAGUGAUUUGAAUUUCAAGUCAUAUUAUUGUAGAUGAAAAAUAUUUUUUGAAAUGUUUUCCAAUAUUCCCAGAUCGUUGAUAUGCUGCACAAACGCUAUAGUCCCGAAUCGGGCGCUUGCGUAUGCAUUGACGAAAUGUCCAGCAUUCCUGGAACCACCCUCCCAAUGUCGUAAUUACCAUGAGGUUACUGGUGACAUAAUAUGUCCGAACAUGGUGAGAGGAAUCGACCAUCUGAGAGAUCCUCGUCUGAAUAAGGGUCUGGCAUUCACUUUAGAGGAACGCCAAGCUCUAGGUAUUCACGGUCUGCUGGCAGCCAAGUUUAAAACUCAGGAGGAGCAAUUGGAUAUCUGCAGAAUAUCUGUGGAUAGAUAUGAGGACAAUCUGAACAAGUACCUUUACCUCGUCGAGUUACAGGACAGAAAUGAGAAAUUGUUCUUCCGUCUUCUAUCAGAAAACGUGGAGAAGUAUUUGCCUAUUGUUUACACACCUACAGUGGGUUUGGCAUGCCAAAGAUUCGGUCUCAUUUACAGAAGACCCAGAGGUCUCUUUAUAACUAUUAACGAUAAGGGCCACAUAUUCAAUAUCCUCAAGAACUGGCCGGAACCAGACGUGCGUGCGAUAGUUUUCACGGACGGCGAGCGUAUUCUCGGUUUGGGUGAUUUGGGUGCUUAUGGCAUGGGAAUCCCCGUGGGCAAGUUGUCGUUGUACACAGCCUUGGCUGGAAUCAAACCACACCAAUGUCUACCCAUUACACUUGAUGUUGGCACUAAUAAUCAGGAUCUGCUAGAAGAUCCUCUUUAUAUAGGAUUACGUCAGAAACGGGUUAGAGGUAAGGAGUACGACGAGUUCAUAGACGAAUUCAUGGAAGCCUGCGUCCAGAGAUACGGACAGAACACCCUGUUGCAAUUCGAAGAUUUCGCUCUAAUAAACGCUGGUCGUCUGCUUACCAAGUACCGUAACAAGUACUGUACCUUCAACGACGACAUUCAAGGAACUGCCAGUGUUGCCGUCGCCGGACUGAUGGCUGCCGUCAGGGUCACUAAGAGGAAGCUCAGUGAAAACAUAUACUUCUUCCUUGGUGCUGGGUCGGCAGCAAACGGCAUAGCCUGUCUGACAGUAGCAGCGAUGGUAGCCGAAGGCCUGACUGAGAAGCAGGCUCAAGACAGGGUUUACAUGUUCGACGUCGACGGUCUGCUGUCAACACGUCGUGAGGGCGGAGUGCCGCCACACGCUAAGGUCUUCGGCAAGGACAUCGAACCCGAAAAGGACUUCGAGAAAUGCAUAGCAAAAAUCAAACCCAGCUGUCUCAUUGGUUGUUCUACAGUGGGUGGAGCUUUCACGCCGAACGUGUUGAAGCAAAUGGCUAAGAAUAUAGACAGGCCAGUAAUAUUUGCUUUGUCCAACCCAACAAGUAAGGCAGAAUGUACUGCACAAGAUGCCUAUGAUCAUACAGAGGGUCGCUGUAUCUACGCUUCCGGUUCCCCCUUCCCCCCGGUGCAGUACGACGGCAAGGAGUAUCACACCGGUCAGGGUAACAACUCCUACAUCUUCCCCGGGGUAGCCUUGGGGGUGAUAGCGACAGCUACACACCACAUACCUGAAACUAUGUUCCUUACCGCUGCUAGAACGCUAGCCAAUUACGUGAGUGAGAAAGAUCUAGCUAUUGGUCGCAUUUAUCCGUCUUUGGCUGAAGUAAAGGAGGUAUCACUCGCCAUUGCUAUAGAAGUAGCCAAAAUGGCUUACGAUGAAGGUCUAGCUUCAGUGUAUCCGGAACCAAAGGAUUUGGCUAAACACGUAGAAAAUCAGAUGUACAACUAUUAUUACGAGAGUUCAAUGCCAGUUGUGUGGGACUGGAAGCCGGAGGAGAAAUUCAACGUACGCCCAAUACAACCCGUACCCAAGAAUAUAUAAACAAUGUUGUCUUAUUAUUAUAUUUUUUUUUAAUAUUUUUUUUUCCUUCUAAUGUAAUCUUCAAGUAGAAUUAUAGUUAUAUACUAUAGUAGUUGUAAUUCUACAAAAUUUAUUUGUAACCAUAUGUACUAUUGUCGUAUUGAUUUGUGUAAGAUUACAAUAAUACUAGGAAUAUUAGUAUAAUCAAUAACUAUAAAAACUAUUAAUAAUAUCAUAUAUAUGCUUUUACUAUAUAUUUAUUUUAUUAAUUCAACUGAUUCAAAGUUCCAUAAUUCAUAUUCCUAGUAUUUUAUAAUCUAUCAAAUCAUAUCGUGAUGCAAUUUUUUUUUUUUCAUAAAAAAUCAUAAGUUUUAUAUAAAAAGGUAUUAGUUGAAAGUAUAUUAAAUUCUACACUUCAAUAGUUAAUAUUAAUAAAGUUAUUGGAUGUCAUGUUGUCUAGUAAUUAAAUAUUGUAUUUAUUAUAUAUGUAGAUGUAGUUGUUUUGUGUGAUCGUGGCUUUAGAAUUUUGUGGAACGUCGAAAAAUUACUAUAAACAUUUAAACUAUAGGAAGCUUUUAUAUUUCUAUGUAAUUUUUUUUUAAUGUUCAUUUACAUGAAGUAUUAUAACGGUUAAACGUCUAGUCACCGCAGCAUUAUUAUGAUUACUUAAAUUAAUUUAAAAGACAUAUUGCAUUGUUAAAUAAAACGAUAUACCAUACCCCACCAUAUGAUGACGUAUUGUUCAGUAUUCAUUGCAUGCUACCGAGAGUUCAAACUAAAUUGGAUGCUAAUGCGUUUUUUUUUUGCGUUCAAUAUUUUAAGGUAGACAUUUUCGCUGAGCGAAGUAUUUUUUUUUGUUUCUUUGUUUAUGUAUUGUGUUGUAUCUAUUGAUACGAAGUGAUUAUGUUGCUGUGACGUUUUUAAAACCAUUUCUUGGUUGUUGGUUGUAUUAAUUUAACUGCGUUAUUCGGUAACCCUAGUUAUAUAUAUAUAUAUUUUAAUCGAACAGUAAUAAAAAUGUAAUUUAUGUUAUAGUAUUGUAUGAAUCGUAUUAAAAAUAAACUAUUUUUAAAUAAAUUAACUCUAAGUGUUCCAAAUACAAAUGACCAUGUCAGUGAAAUCUCUAAAUUAUCGUCAUACUUCUUUGUUUUUCAAAAAAAAUUAACAUUUGACGAAGUUCAAAAUUUGAAAAAAGAAUUAUAGAACAUAUUUUAAUGCAAAUUCUAUUUCUAUUUGUCCACUAAAAACUUCUUAUGUUAUUUUUAUCAGGGUUCCUUAUAUUAUAAGCGCAGUAAAUUUUUGGUCACAUACAAAAUGAAAUCUAAGUUAUUCUAUUUAAUAGAUAAAUUGUUCAAUUAUUACGAUGGAUGUUACUAAUUAAAUAUGUUCAAAACUUAA